GUUUAGAUUGAAGAGUUGAAAAGGAUCGUGACGCCAUGAUUGCUGCUGUGCAGUUGCUGUGUGAUUUGUUUUGUUCUGUAUAGAUCAAAAGAACAUGUGCUCAUGUGCUCUGCAUAUCUUUUUAUUGAAGGGUAUUCAGUGGUAUUAUUCUGGUUGUAUAUAGCAUAACUUCAUGUUAUCCCAUAGAGUGACCUUGAGAAAUAACUUGUGCAUUUCCACUUUAACAUCAAGAUGAGAUUCAAAAAGAUGUUCUGAAUAUCAUCUGCAAAAAUGGUAUGCAUUAUUGAUUUUUUAUUAAUUAUGGAGGGUUCCUUAUCGUUAAAUGUUUAAAGGUUGAAAAACUACAGAAUUUAGGGGACAUCAUAGUGUGUUUAUCACUUUUAUCUGUUUUUAUCUAGCUUGUUGUAAUUCCUAUGCUACACUAUCUAGAAGAUAUGUUGAUUAACAAAUCUUGUUGAUUGUCACCUGCUCGUGGGGACAAUGUGUAGACUAUGUAUGUGCUUAAUUGUGAAUUUUAUAUUUUUAAAAUUUUAUGGUAUCAUUACAGCCAGACUGUAAAUUCAUUAUAGGCAUGAUCUCACAACAAUAACAGGUCUUUUAGGAAUUAAAUUAGAAUUAAAUUUUUUACAGCUACUCAUGCCAUGUCACAUCAUCUCACAAGGUUACAUGUUUACUGCUGACGUUUCUUGUAGCUUAAGUGUGUGUAGAGAAAAAAUAAAAUUACCAUAUUAAUUGAUUUUUACACAGUAGUAGCUUUCUUUUUUUUAUUGUAAACAUUACAUGAACAUGUGUAUCCAAUCAUUUACAUAGUUUAAAUAGAAAUGAAAAACAUUUGAAAUUCUAGAUUUAUCUGCUAUGGAUGCACUGGUUUACUAAGUCGACAGACACUCUCACAGGCGACAGAUACACAUGAGAACGGCUAUUGCGGUUCUUGUGGUUUUCGUGUACACUGGUGACGAGUGUGACGGUUACAAUGAUCUAACUCUCUAUAACGAUUGACAUCCAUCGAAGUGACCUAUAUAUUGGAGAGUGGUUGCAUAUUGCACCUUCACGCGUGAAUUAACUUCUUGGUCACAGCAUUUUUUAAAUUUUUAUUACAAGCUAAAAUUGUAGUCAUUGUAUUGUAUUAAUUAAAGGAACAUUUUUAUGUUUAAUACGUUGUCAAUAUUAAUUCCAAUUUUACUCUUACUUUCAAAUCCAGGUCAACUCGUGGAUAGAUUACUUGGAUACAGUCGAUCGCGGUUGUAACUUAAAUGCAUGGCGAUAGAAAAAAAAGCGCCGGGGAUAGUGUUUUUCUACGUGCUCCUUUCAAACUUAAACGGAAUGUAAUUAUACACAAUUUUAAAUACAUUCUUUUAAUCAGUUACAUACAGGGACUGUUGAGGUUGUAGUCAAACCUAAAACAGUUUUCAAACUACCUUCAAUAAUGGGUCCUGGUUGACGAAAUCACUUUCGCGUGUUGUAAGAACGACCAACAGAAAAGGGCGAAUGAAGGAAUAGUAAAGCCGCAGACGUUCUUUUCCAAUAGCCUACCUGCCGAUACCAACUGCAUUGAAUGCAAAUGAUGAUGUCUUCGGUUUUUAUAUGCUAAACUGUGUUAGAUCGGCUGCAAAAUUCCCGCAAACCACACUUUUACUUAAAGAUAGUAAUGGUAAUCGCUGAAGGGGAAACUUUUCUUAUUCUACCCUAUAAAAGGAUGACUAUCGAAAGCUCAUUUAGAUAUCAAUCAACUUACAACUCAAUCACACUUUCUAAUUCCUGCUACAUACCAGAAGCAACAGACGGGGUUUCUUAUUUAAGUAGGCAUGCUAACAGUGGAGUUGUUAUUCGAUACAGUACUCUCCGAACGUAUAGUAGUGCGCUAAUAUUUUUCCUUUUUUUGUAAUUUUUUAAAGGACUUAUUUGCAUUUUCGUACACAGCGAAUCAUUGUUGAAGCAAUUUAAUUCAUGUUUUUAUUUUAUUUUUUGAAGAAGUGUAGUAGCUCACUCGGUUAGAAAAACAGAAUUUAAAAUGUUGUGGGUUUUAUUUAUUUUACCCAUUGCUAUCUUGGCCCGUCAUCCAAGUCCAAAUUCCAUUGCCAUUGUCGCAAAUGGUGGAUGUGGACCUCAGUAUGCCUGUAAGCCGGCUACCCAGUGUUCCGUUUGGUAUGACGAACUUCGUACGCAUUCAUCGAAACCUUGUUCGGAUGCUCGAGGGUUCAUUGGGCUCUGUUGUCCAGAUGUUGUUCACGUGAAAUCAACCAAGUAUCCAACAAUCCAUAAAAUUCGCCUGCUCCCCCCUGUGCAGUCUGUUCCAACGAAAAUUUUAGAGAAAUCCGCCCGGUCAGCUCGUGCUGAUUUGCUUCAAAUUAACGCUAUCGAAGAAAAUCUAAGCAGUAGAAAAGUUAUGAUGAGUGAAACUUCAAUGGCUUGGGGGCACUCAAAUAAUAAUGGUCCUUUAGAAAUGUCCCGCAUUCAAAGCGACAAAGCCCUGUUGGUCGUUAACGCUGCUCGACGAUUGCAGGACAAGUUACUACUUUCACCAGAACAGGCUGGACUUGGAUUACAAACGAUCGACACAAGAUUAAGUUUGUUAGAGGAUACAUGUCCUCGACUCCCGGUAUGUGUAAUAACAAAAUAUCGGACUUUUGACGGCACUUGCAACAACUUGCAACAACCUUCUUGGGGUAGCGCAUUAACGCCACUCGAACGCUUAGCUACACCGGAAUAUGGUGAUGGUAUAUGGGAUCCAAAAAUCGGUAAUUCGGGAAAACAACUUCCCAAUGUUCGUGUCAUCAGGAAUAUAAUCGUUACAGAUAAAAACUAUCCAGCUGUAGAUAUGACGCAUAUGCUUAUGCAAUGGGGGCAGUUUGUGGAUCAUGAUAUGAUCCAUGUCCCAUCGUUCCGAACUGCCAAUCAAUCCAACAUUGAAUGCUGCACUGCAGAGGGUGGGAUCAUUCCACCUGAAAUGCGCCAUCCUCACUGCUUCCCAAUUGACAUUCCAGCCAACGAUCCUUUCUAUGGUCCCAGAGGUGUACGAUGCUUGAACUUUGUUCGAUCCAUGAUUGCUCCUCGGAUAGAAUGUCGAAUGGGUUAUGCGGAACAAAUGAAUGAAAUUACUCAUUUUAUCGAUGCUUCACAUAUAUACGGACCAUCACCCGUUAUUGCUGCCAGUUUGCGUCAGUUUGUAGGAGGUCGUCUGAAAAUCUCCAAAAUUGAAGGUCGGCCUCUCCUUCCCCAAAAUCCUCAAGAUAAAAGUUGUAUUGGCAAGGCUCCUGGAUUUGGUUGUUUUGUAUCAGGCGAUGUGCGUACCAAUCAAAUUAUGACACUUACAUCGUUGCACAUCAUUUUCCUGCGUCAGCAUAAUUUACUUGCAAACAAAUUGGCUGCCAUCAACCCUCAUUGGAAUGAUGAAGUUCUUUAUCAAGAAACUCGACGCAUUGUUGGUGCCUUGAUGCAGCACAUCACCUACAACGAAUUCCUUCCGUCUUUACUCAGUCGAACAACGAUGGACGCUUACGGCCUCACACCGCAAACCACUGGAUACUCUUCAAGUUACGACGAGAAUGCCAACCCAUCAAUUACGAACGAAUUUGCCACGGCUGCCUUCCGUAUGGGACACUCUCUCAUCCAGGGUGCAAUGAAUUUAGUGGAGGAAGACGGUAAAGUCCGAGUGGAACUGAUGCGAAACUGGUUCAACAAUCCUUCUUUACUUCGCCAAGCUGGCAUAUUGGACGCUGUAUUGCGAGGAAUGAUCGACCAGUGGCCCCAAAAGGUGGACGAAUGGGUCUCUGAAGACGUUACGAAUCAUCUCUUUCAAAGACCAAAAACAGAUUUUGGAUUGGAUCUUGUAGCUCUCAAUAUAUGGCGCGGACGUGAACACGGCCUUCCUGGUUACAACAAGUACCGUCAAGUUUGCGGAUUGUCGCCUAUGACCAAUUUUCAGGAUCUCUUGAAAGUCAUGGAUCGUUCAGUAGUGGAUCGUUUGGCUUCGGUUUAUCGCUCUGUCAACGACAUUGACCUUUUUAUUGGUGGCCUAGUUGAGCGCCAUUUACCUGGGUCAAUGCUCGGUCCUGUUUUCUCGUGUAUAAUUGCUGAUCAAUUUGCACGUUUGAAGGAUGGAGACCGUUUCUUUUACGAACACGGUGGACAUCCGAAUUCAUUUUCAUCAGCUCAGUUGCAAGAAAUCCGUAAAAUGAGUUUAGCAGCGAUCAUCUGUGACAACGCUGACCAUAUAGUCAAGGUUCAGCCGUUAGUUUUCCGCCAUCCUUCACCUACGAAUCCUCGUGUUAACUGCAAAUCGUCAACAAUUUCACGAAUGAAUCUUGCUGCCUGGAAAAAGUAAUCGACUAUUUAAGAUUUAACUCCACAAUUAACCUAUAACAGAUUUUGAUCGAAGUUUAUUUAUAAGAAAACUAAAAAAAAAAAACCUUUUCCACACAGUUUAUUGAAAUUUUUCUAGUUUUGAAGUAUAGUUUAUACAUGCUGUAAUUUAAAUACAAACAUCUCUAAAGCAAUUUAAAUUUUUUAAAUACUGCGUUAUUUUGUUCAAGUCAUCUGUUUCGGGCAGCACCUCCAUUAACAGCUUGAACAUCAAAUGGCCAUCGAAACCUACAGGGAAACAGACAGAUUUAGCUUCAGUCAGGAAUGGAUAAAAUCACAUGCAAGGCACAUUGAAGAAUAGGAAAACAU